AUCAAUCUACAUCAAUAAUCAUCUGAUUGAAAUAGAGUCAAGUCGUUAGCAAUCAACGUUGAAGCCAAUGUGGACUCUAUACAUGCAAUUCUGUCCAUCAUGAUCAUAUUCAGAAAUAAUAACUGACAAAACUUUCGCAAAAACGGUCAUGAAUCAAUAAGACGAACAAUGAUGAUAUGUGGUCUAAGUUUAUUCUGCAAUGCUUCAAUGUUGGCUGAUUCCAUUAUUUGUGCUCGUUCUGGUUUUAUUAAUGGGAAUAAUGGGAACGAUAUAAUAGGAAUGAUAUCAUGAACCUUCGAAUGGAUGAAAUGCAGAGAGAGAAGGGAAAUCAUGAAGGAAAAGACGUGCCAGGGCUUUUCCAAAGAAUAACGGCUUGAUUCUCGAUUUUACGUGAGAUGCCAAUACAGUGGUUCUCUAAUUUUUCACAUUUCGGAUUUUUCUGCUCCUGAGGUAUUAAAACACGAAACAAUAAUGCCAGGCCUAAUUCUGUUCAACCGGCGGUGGCAUGUCGGGGAUGAUGACUUCGUCUUUCGUGGAAUUAUGGAGAUGGUAUUCCGAGCAGCAUGGUUAAUUGCCCUCGCCGUCGUCUACGGCGUGCACAAUGGUUCUUUCACUUGUAAGGCGGGACUCUACCUGGAAAUAUUCUUCAUCGGACUCAUCGGACAGACCGUCAUCCACAUCAUUCUAACACUAGGCAUAGUUUGCGUCAGCUCACAAGGAACAAUGGUGGAUGCGUAUCCAAGACGAUGGCUACGCAUUACCCUCUACCUCAAAUUUGUCUUUGGAUUCGUACCGGAGUGCAUCCUACUGAUCGCGGGGACAUAUUGGGCGUUUGGGAACACCGCAACAUGUGACGAUGAAGUGCUACUGACGAUGCGGAUUGCAGCUCUGAUGGGUCUUGUGGUGAUUUUGUUGUUUAUAAUAAGUAUAGCCGUGUUGUUUGACCCGUUGGGAGGAAAGAUGCGCUCAGAGGAAAAUACAGACGUCACGCAAGUAUCCACUGACGUCUGGUUGCAAAGAUGUAGCAGGAUAUGUUGCUGUGUGGGAACAGGUAACUCCAGUAAAGCAAGUCUUUCAACAAUUGCCAGGAUAGCGGCGGAUUUUUUCGCGGGCAUAGACCUCGUGGCGACAGAUAUCGCUGCCGGGUUCGUACUCGUCCACCAGGACCAACACCGCCGAGGGCUCGAUGAAGGCUACAUCAUCUCCCCAUCAGACGAGACGGUUGAGGGGGCUGUCGGCCCGGAGGCUACACCUGGUUCGCCAAGCCCGCCCAUCGAGGACUGGCUCGACAUCAACCGCAUGAUCCGCUACCUGAAAUACGCCCAGGCGGCAUUCGGGUGGCCCUUUUACCUUGUGAUGAACGGCAACUGUUCGGGUCCAUGCACCUUGGCAAAACAUUACAAAUGCUGUGCGCCAGAGGACGACAGUGUCGUCGAGGACAACUGUUGCCAAUGUAACCUUGCUGCCCUAAAGCUGACUGUGGAAAUACCAGAAUGUGAUAUCAUCUAUGCAACCUACCAUGACAGCUUAUUUCAGGUCCCAUUCUAUGUGGCCUACAACCAUAAAGACAAGACCGUAAUGCUUGUGUCAAGGGGACUCAUGUCACUGAAGGACACAGUCACAUCCCUGACUGUGCAGUCAGAGCCCAUCGAGUUCAGUGAGCUGCCUGAUGAACCGAACGAGGCCCACAGCGGCAUCAUGAAGACUGCCAGAUAUAUCAAAUGCAAAAGUGAGGAAUAUUUACAAGAGGCUUUUCAGGAACACCCGGAUUACACACUCGUCUUGACUGGGUACAGCUUGGGAGCUGGACUCUCAGCCUGCCUAGCAUUACUCUACCACUCCCAGUAUCCUACUCUCAAGUGCUACUCAUUCGCCGGCCCUCCCGUGCUAACUCCUGCGCUGGCUCAAUACGCCCAGGCAUUCAUAUGUUCGGUGGUGUUCGCCAAGGACAUGAUACCGCGAAUGAGUCGUGUGAAUAUGGAUGAUCUUAAACUCAAGGUUCUUAGACAGAUAAAACACAGCAAAAGCCCCAAGUUCAGGAUUCUUGCAAGUGGUGUUUGGCGUGCUCUCUGCUGCUGCCGAAAGCCAGCAGAGGAGGUAUACAAUCCUGAUCACACAACGACAGAAAACGAGAUAAAGCUUUCGGAGCAACAUGACAGCAAAGUUAAUCUUGCGGAAGAAGACAGCGAGAGUUGGGUAGACAAGGCGAUCGCCUCUUGCCAGAAAGAUGUAGGGGCUUAUCCAGUGCUCAACGUCCCAGGAAAGAUUAUGAGAAUUAUAGAAGUAGAGAACAACGAAUAUCGUUACUUGUUGUGGACCAAGCAUGACGACCUCCGUGAAAUCAUCGUCACGCCCAGGAUGCUGACAGACCACUUGCCAACACGGAUGUUGGCUGCCUUCGAGUUCCUUGCGCGAACAGGACAGACCCCUCUAGAUCAUCUCCCGCAACAGCACAUUCAGAAUAAUCAUUGAAAACUUAUAUGUCAUUGAAUAGGACUUACAAAAAUCCACUGUUUUCUCAGAAACCUCCAAAAUGUAUAAGACAACAUCGCGGUUACCACACGAGAUUCCAGUCACGUAGCAAUAAUAUUGCUGUUACAGAUGUAAGUCUUGGAGAGGAACUAUUCGUGAGCAUGCUUGAUAAUUGUGUUCACACGACUACCCUCGGUGGUUGUCCUUGUCUCCUUGUAUUUAGGCUCACCCAGUAUCUUAGGAAAACUGCUUCAAGGACAAUUAAUGUAGAUCCGUAGGCUUAACGCAGAUAUCAAAACACUGAAAGAGACAAGGAGACAAAUAUUCUUCAUUUAGAGGACACCUCAGAACCAACUGAACGCCAUGUGAGAACAUCCCAAGUGACCCCAUCAACUCAGGAGCCCGGUGAGAGAGAAUGUAUUGCGCUUAACAGUACAAAGGCCGAUGAUGACGUCACUUAUAUUGCAGUGUGGACCAAUGGACCAAAGGGCAUAUUAUACCUCUUGAUGAUUUGAUGUGACUGUCUGAAAAUGAACGGUGUGCUAUAGUUGUAUUAUUCCAGAAACUUGGUCAUCAAUUACUUUCUAUUGUAUAGAGAAACAUUAUUAUUACAUGUCAUCAAUUACGAAGAACGAUUUAUUUAGAUAGAGUUCAGUGUCAUCACAUAAAUUUAUCAUUUUA